CUGCCCGCACCCCCUGCCCGCACCCGCUGCCCGCACCUCCUCCCGCACUCCCUUCCGCACCGCUGCCCGCACCCCCUCCCGCACCGCUGCCCGGCCCCGGCAUCACGGAGCCCCAGCUUUGCUUCUUUGCGUUUUUAAACUGUACAAUCCGCCCCGGGAUGGGCACGGCAGAGGCGGGGCGGGCGGCGGCCGCGGCGAACAGCGCUGGGGCUGCGCCGGGGGCUGCCGGGUCCUUCGGGCUUCGGGGUGCGCAGAAGUGCCCGGGGGGUGGCCCACGCCCGUGCCUCGCAGCACCGCUUUGAAACUGGGAUUUACUGCCCCUCCGGAACACGACUCGCUGACAGACAAAGGGUUUGAGCCACGUCUCUGGCCUGCUGGUGUCCCCUUCCAUGGGCUGGAGAGGUCACCUCUGUGGUUUGGGCACAUGGGUCCCUGUUUGGGGACGGGUUGGGAUUUGGGCUAGGCCUUGCAGGUGGAAGAGGAGGGGACGGUGUGGGCCUUGCGCCAGCUCCCUAUGGCUGUUGCCCCAACCUGCUUCCCGCAGGAACUCCCUCUGCCCUGCCUUUCCCUACAGCUCCUGCAAACCCCUUGUGAGCGAUGGAGGACGGAGAUCCCACGCUGCGGCUCCGCAUCUUCGAUCUAAACUGCUGGCUGUGACAUCCGACCCCUCUCCUGCAGGGCCAUCCGGUACCUGAGCAAGCGGCGGCAGGAGCGUGUCCAGCUCAUUGGGGACAUGCUGCGCCAGGACGGCUUCGACCUGGUGCUUCUCCAGGAGGUGUGGAGCGAGCAGGACUACAGUGACUUGAAGGGGAAGCUGCGGGGCUGCUACCCUUUCUCCCAUUACUUCCACAGUGGGGUGAUCGGCAGCGGCCUCUGCAUCUUCUCCAGGUUCCCCAUCCUGGACACUCUCCUCUACCAGUACUCACUUAACGGGUACCCCUACAUGCUCCAGCACGGGGACUGGUUCUGUGGUAAGUCCGUCGGCCUCAUCGUCACGAAGAUCUCCGGCAUUAUCUUCAACGUCUACGUCACCCACCUGCAUGCCGAGUACUGCCGGGAGAAGGAUGUCUACCUGCCCCACCGCCUUGUGCAGGCCUGGGAGCUGGCGCAGUUCAUCCGACACACCUCGACGGCGGCCGAUGUGGUGCUGCUGGGAGGGGACCUGAACAUGCACCCCGGAGACGUGGGCAUCCGGCUGCUGCGCGGCUGGACGGGGCUGCGGGAUGCCUUCGCCGAGGCCGCGCGCUUUGAGGGCUGCGAGGACGGCUGCACCCUCAUCCCGAACAACUGCUUCACUGCCAAGACAGAGCUGCUGCCCUUCCCGCAGGGCGUCCGCAUUGACUACAUCCUCUACAAGGCCAUCUCCAGUGUCACGGUGAAGUGCGAAGAACUGAAGACCACCACAGGGACAGCCCCAGGCAUGGACAUCCCCUUCUCAGACCAUGAAGCUGUGAUGGCGACACUGCACAUCCAGAGGCAGGGACAGGCUGUGGGUGACAACCUUGGCACAGCCGAGCCGAUGCUGGUGGACGUGGUGACGGAGACGAGGACAGAGGUGGUGGUGGGGCUGCGUGCAGCGCAGCGGCAGCGUUACUCCACGGGCAGGAUGGCGGUGCUGGCCCUGCUGCUGCUGCUGCUGCAGGCUGUGGCCGCGCUGGGCGCGCUGGCGGGGUUGGUGGCCGGGCAGCCCUUCCCCAAGCUCUCCUUCUCCCUGCUGGCCUUCCUGGCCAUCGGUGUCCUCCUCCUCGCCACCGGCCUUCACCUCUUCCACACCAUGGAGGUGAAGAUGCUGCAGGGCACCGAGGAGCAGAUGCGGAUGGCGCUGCGGGCACUGCAAGAGCGUCCCAGCGAUGGCUGAACCAGGACCAUGGGUGGUGCACGACGUCUCCUCAGCUCCAUCCUGGCCCCUUUUGGUCCCUUUUUCUAGUUGACUUCUAGUUUUAGGCAACCAGGGCUGUGGCCAGCUCAGUAGCGCAGGUUUGACAGAUGCCUCUCUGGGUGAAAUUAAGAUUUUUGGGGCAGAUUAAUCGCAUUUGCCCCUGUGGGAACCAUGAUGGAGGCAGGUUUUAAUUGCUGGUUUUUAAUACACCCUUUUUACCUGGAAUGACCUGCUGGCGUGGCUGAGAGUCUCAGCCUCCCCUGCUCGGGGCAGCCUUGAGGGCUCCUGGUAAAAGCUGAUGACUGCUCUGGCAACCAGAUUUGUCUUGGAUAGAAAAUAAAGGUGGUGUUUUAGCACUG